AUGGCUGCAGCAGGGCCGCAGGUCCCGCAGUAUCAUGAACGCUACAUCAAACUGGAUGCCUGGAGGGCGAACUUCAAGCAAGAAGCCUGCUCCCGGGCUGCCGCAAUUGACUCCUUGCAAUUUCUUUUCUUUUUUGUGGUUGGUGUCGUGAUGGAUCAAGCCUUGGACAAGUGGUCUGAUUCGCAGAAAACGCGGUGGACUGACAAGGCCGACUUUGUGCAAUACCUUUUUCUCAUCGGUUCCUUCGUAGGGAUUGUUUUCUCUUUUUACAAUUACACCUGGUCUCUGCUGGCAGCUUGCACGGGGUCUUCAGUCGGACUGCUGUGGAGAGAUGUUGAAUGGCAUCGUGCAGGGUGUCUCAGCCCACAAGAGGACGCUGCUUAUCUCAGCAGCCAAGCAGCAGCAAUGUUGAUUGGUCCAUAUGUGGCCUGGAGCAUCAUGAUUUCUUCGAAAGCCCUGGACCGUGUCUACGGACCUGCCGUUCCUGAUCAUUGCCAGUGGGCUAAGCGGACAUGGGAGCAAUGGGAGCACCCUUCCAAUUUGGCACAGGGUUUGCUCCGCAUGUGCAGAUGUCUGUUGGGUUGUCAGCGACUUCAGUGUUUUGAGUUGGAACUCGAAUCUGACAACGGCGAGUACCUUGACCUUCAUUUCUUCCAGACUUGGCAGAGUUGGAGUGAUGAUGGCGAGAAUGAGAAUGAUCCGGACGACCUCAGCCACGGGGAAGUGCAAGAUGAGCAGGGACUUAGCUCCGUUGACGAGUCACAUGCACCAGGUCGACCCAUUGAGAUCAUUGAGGGUCUGGAAUCUGGGUCAAAAUGUCAAGCGGCGCUGAUCUACAGCAAGCACGGUGAUCAUGUCAAGCCCCAGGAAAUCGAAACAGGUCGUGCCACCAUGAAGGUGGGCCAAAAGGAGUAUAGCAACAUCAAGGAGGCGGAGCCCUCCCAUCAUUCGAAUCCCAUUCUUCUCUUAGUCUACACCAAGGACGAGAGAAAGCGUUUCCUCCUGCAUGCAGACUCCUGGAACGCUUGUUUAAGCUGUGUUCAGACGGCCAUAUCAAGGUUUCUAUUGCCGUUUCUGGUUCUUCUUUUGGCCCUUGGGUGGCAAUACAGUUUCCACAAACACGGAGGCUACAAGGAAGCAAGCAUCUUGGUUUUGAUGCUUCCAGAGGUGAUAGAAAAACUCUUGCAUCAAGCCGCAGCCGACACAGUGACAAACGCAACGGGCUUCCAAACUGAAGCGGGAUACGUUGUCACUGAAGUAGAUGAUGUCCUCUUGAAGGGGUGGAAUUGCACCCGUGGUGCGCCUGGAUCGUCUCUGGGAGCACACAUUGCAGUUUGGGACACGUCAUUCUUCUACGCCGCUUGCUUCCUGUUCGUUUGGUUGGGGUGCUAUCACCUCCAUGUGGCAGCAGGAUCGUUGCGGGAGCUGACGGCGCUUUUGCACUUGCAUGCGCAUGAAGACGAUCAUGCACAAGCAGUCGUGCUGUACCGGCUGAACAAUAUUCGCCAAGAAGUAAGGGACAGUCGUGCCCUGAAGCACGUUGCUGCAGAGGCCUUUCCAAUUGGUCUGAAGCCUGACGAAUCUCUGGCAUGGUGGUUCGAGACCAGAGCAGCCAUAUUUCUGGAUGCCAAACGCAGCGUCGACAAAAGGUCUCGGAUCUUUGCUUUGGGCAUGCUUGCCGAGCUCGUGAUGAUUUUGGUGACAUGCCUGUCAUAUGUCCUGAAACACAAGGAUGCAAAGUUCUAUGCUAUGUGUUAUGCAGCAGGCUAUAGCUUGCUGUUGGGCUUGCAGACUCUGACCUACAUUUACCUCGCCAGCCAGGUGAACUAUGAGCUAGAGCAUGGCCUAGAGGAAGCGAUCAAUGUUGGCUGUGACUCGGAUAUGGCACCCAAGCGUCAUCAGCUGAACAAAGCGCCCAACGGCAUGCGCACUGAACUUCUUGACUAUGAAACCCUGCACCCAGCUCAACUUGAGUUCAUGGGUGUGCCAUUUUCCUUCCAGGCUGCUGCAGGAUAUGCGGCGCCUUUGGGGGCGUACGCAGUAGCUGUCGUGCUUUGGGUUAUGAAGCAGUCACUUGGUGUCCCAGAUGUUACAAAUUGA